GGGCGACAGGACUUGGGUGCCAGCAGGACCAGCUUUCCGCAGCUCCUCACCCGUGCGCACGUGCCCGAAUCUGGGACCCGGUUCCCCGCAGGGUUUCCUGCGCCGCGUCUCGAGAGUUCGGAGACCGAGACCCCCUCCCGCGCCCGGACCAGCACCAGGGGAUGGGGUGGAGGGGCUCGAGGGGAGUACGGACGCCACGGGGUGGGAUGUCGUGGGAUGACGUAGGGUCCGCGCCGCGGCGAGGGGGGCAGCGGGGGAAGCCGUGGCGAGACUCAGUAAUGAGAACUUGGGCCCAGUUUUUUUCAAACCUGCAAGGGCCGAGUAUGUUCGUAUCCCUUCUGACCUCCCAGGCAAAAUCAAUGGCGAAGAGUCUAAUCUCGGAGAACUUUGGUUUGUCGUUAUUGUUAACCCCCUCGGGGGCGUGGGGGGGGGGACGGUUGCAGCACUGAGAGAAAUUAUAAGAUUUCUUUCUAAUGUGGAUUCCCCCACUCCUAUCUCUUCCCAUAACAGUUUGCCAGAUUUGAGAGGCUUCAAAAGGUGGGGCAUAUAGCAUGGAGAUGUCAGAGAUCUCUUUGGGUCUAGAAGGGUCUGACAAAGUAACGGAAUAAUUCUAAUUUUAGAGAGGGCAAGUGGUGAGGAAAACCACUGGGGGAAGCUUUGCUUCUGUUUGCAUUUCUGGGUAGAAACAGGAUUGCCCUGGGGUUCAGGGGAAAGGAAGCUUGGUGGGAGUUAAAUUCUCAGGUCUUGUCUUCCCCCAGCGUUAGUCCUCAUGCUGGAAUGGCAGAAGAUAAACCUGAUGCUAAGAGCCCCAAGACCGGGGCAAGGCCCCAAGGUGGUGCUGAAACUGGGGAACCGACCACCCUUCUUCAGAGGCUCCGAGGUACCAUUUCGCCGUGCAGAACAAAGUAGAGGGAAUUCUGCAAGAAGUACAGAAGUUCUCUGACAACGACAAGCUGUACCUCUACCUCCAGCUGCCUUCAGGGCCCAGCGCUGGAGACAAAAGUUCAGAACCAAGUAUACUUAGCAAUGAGGAGUAUAUGUACGCCUAUAGGUGGAUCCGCAACCACCUGGAAGAGCACAUGGACACCUGUCUGCCAAAGCAGAGCGUCUAUGAUGCCUACCGAAAGUACUGUGAGAGUCUUGCCUGUUGUCGCCCACUCAGCACAGCCAACUUUGGUAAAAUCAUCAGAGAGAUCUUCCCAGACAUCAAGGCCCGAAGACUCGGCGGUCGCGGCCAAUCCAAAUAUUGCUACAGUGGCAUCCGAAGGAAGACCUUGGUAUCUAUGCCCCCAUUGCCUGGACUUGACUUAAAGGGCUCUGAAGGUCCAGAAAUGGGCCCAGAAGUGACCCCGGCACCUCGGGAUGAACUGGUCGAGGCAGCCUGUGCCCUGACAUGUGACUGGGCAGAGCGGAUCCUGAAACGGUCCUUCAGUUCCAUCGUUCAGGUUGCCCGCUACCUGCUGCAGCAGCAUCUCAUCUCUGCCCGAUCUGCACACGCUCAUGUGCUUAAGGCCGGCGGGCUCACUGAAGAGGAUGAAAGAGCCCCUCGAGAACGGUCGUCAUGCAAAUCCAAGAAUGGUGUAGAGAACCAGGAAGGUGGAGGUCCUAAGAAGCCAGAGAGACCAGCCCAGCCUCCUAAGGAGCUAGAGGCCCGAGCUGGGACUGAAGCCCCAGGACGUGGAGAACGGAAGAAGAGUGUAAUUGACAGCUCAGCUCCAGCAGCCAGUAAGCCUCAAGUUAAUGCCCUUGUGGCCCGACUGCCUGUGCUCCUUCCCCGAGCACCACAAUCACUUAUCACACCCUUCCUGGCUUCUAAGCUUCCUUCAGGCACUCUCAAAGUAGCUACAUUGCCUCUGCCCACUGGAGUUGGGGGACCCCAGGCAGGGGUGCCCAUCAUUAACAUGAUCUUACCACCUGUUCCUGCUUUAUCAGGUGCUGGGGCUGGACUUGGGCCUGGGCCUGGGCCCGGGCCUGGGCCUGGGCCUGGACCUGGACCCGGAUCUGGACCCGGACCCGGGCCUGGACCUGGAGCUGCGCCUGGGCUCGGAGCUGCGCCUGGGCUCGGAGCUGGGCCUGGGCUCGGAGCUGGGCCCGGGCUCGGAGCUGGGCCUGCGCCUGGACCUGGACCUGGGGCUGGGGCUGGGCGAGUUCCACCUAGGGCACUCAUUCUGCCUCGAGGCACAGAGAACAGGGAGGGAGGCAUAAGUGGUGACACACGACCCCAUGACAAGGGUGUCAAAAGGACAGCUGAAGUGCCUCUGAGGGAAGCCAGUGGACAGGACCCGCCAGUUAAAGAAGUGAAGCAAGAGACAGAGGACACAGUAAGUGAAGCGAAAAGGAAGCGGGGACGCCCUCGGAAAAAGCCAGCUGGGAAUGGGGAGAGACACGCUGCUCCUGCUCCGGAGAAGCCUCCAGCUGCAGCUGCUGUGAACUCUCCCCGAACACCAAGGUCACUCUGGGAGAUGUGGGGCUCAAAGGGGGAAAACAACUUAGUUGGGAGACAAGAAAGACCAGGGCCAGUGGGUGAAGCUGAGAAGGAAGCAGUGCCUCCUCGAGGUCAGGAAGAUGGCACUGUGUCCAAAGGAGAGAGGAGCCUGAGUGCCCAGCCAGCCAAAGACGCAGGAGAUAAGAUGCCUCUCAUCACCUCAAAAGUGAGUGUUAUCAGAGGCAGAAUUCAAAAGGAUGCUCUCCCGUUGAUAAAGGGAGAGGCUGACCCUGCAGCACAGGUUAACAAAGGGUUAAAGGGUCCUGUACUUCAAAGUUCCCUAACCCAUGAGCAUAAAGACCCCAAAGCAACACCCCCAUGACAGGUGUGUGGGGAAGAAUGGCUAUGUUCAUGCCUGCCUGGUGGAGACCCUUUUCAGCACCUGCUUCUCAUUCAGCUACUAGUCUUUCCCUAAAGGAGCCCAUUGGCCUGGCUUGUGUAGUGCCUGGUGGCUGCUUCAGACCUUCCCGGCUCAGUCCUUGACUUUAGCACAAGCAGUAAAUCUGUAAUGACCUUCUCACCUAGAUCCCUGUGCUCUCCUGGGGGCAAUAGAGAGAGGGUAAAUGUGAGUGUAGGGUAGAGAUACCCUGGCUUCUAAUCAUAGAAAACUCAGAACUCAAGAUAAAAGCUAUUUAUUGGUUUAUGAAAUUGGAAAGUCAAGAGGCGGUACUGGCUCCAGGUGAGGCUUGAUCUUGUUGCUCAGUAUGUUUCUCAUUGCUUCACCUAAUGUAAAAUCAUUCUUAGUUCAGACCACUUAACCGCUGCCAGCACUCCAAGGGUUGUGUUUGACCAUUAUAUCUAAGCAGAAAAAAAAAGGGUAUUACUGUGUCAGGAAUCCCAGCAAAAACCCAAAGAUUUACCAUGAUUAAACCAACCUGGGUCAGGUCUAUACUUGACCAACUAGUGUGGUCAGGAAGAUAUUUAUGCUAAUGUGUUUAUUAUACAUCAUGGACGAGCUUUGGAGAAAAGGGUGGAAUAGGCCUUCUCACACCACAGACUCUCCAGAUGGAGACAGGGUGGGGUGGAGAGUUGCUGGGAGUGUCUUUUAGCUUGCUAGGCUGAGGUGAGCUAGACUGCUGCUUUUGCGAGUCUUACAUUUCUCUCACCGUAACUCCUAUCUCACUGUAGUCUGGGAAGGACAGAGAGGAAGCCAUUCUCUUCAGAGUCUCUUCGUUCUCACAUGACAGCGUUUCCCCUCUGCCUCACAGGCAGCGCUCCUUUAUGGUCUGUAUUUUAUGUUCUCAGUCCUACCUCCCACCCACCAGUCUGGUGUCACGUUCUCGAGGACAAGUCUUCAUCCACCAGGUGUCAGUCUCUUGUCAUCCAUGUGUCAGGUCCUAGCCAGGACUGUCAGGUUAGGCUAGGUUAACAGAGGAGGUGGUACCAAUUCUGCAAAUCAGGGAGCACCAGGGAAGGAUCCAGACACUGCAGAGCAUCCUGGGAACAGCAAGAAGCCAGCCCAUGGUGAUUGAGGACCUACUCUGUCUUCUCCACAGGAUAGCUUCUUGUCAGGGAAUCUUGGUUUUUUUUUCCCCAAGAAAUACAGAUUUUCUUUCAGGGAGAUAUCAUUCAUCUGUCCAUUUAUUUCCACAAGAGCAGAUUUUUAAAAUUAUAAUAAUAUUUGAUAUCUAUAAAGAAAUAUGUACUAUAAAUUAUGAAAUGAAAUGAGUACCUAUGACCCGUCAUUCAACUUAUACAUUGAAACAUUAAACAUACUAUUAGGUUUAUGCCCCUCUUCCCGGCCUCUUCUUAGAGAUAACCACUGUCUUUAAUUUUAUUCUCAUUAAUCACUUGUUUAUGUAUAUUGGCCAUGUGUGUAUAUAUUCUUUAAGAAUGUAUUAUUAUUUUGUUUUGCUUGUAUUUUAGCUUUACAAAAAGUUGUACUCUUUUAGUCCCUUGAAGUUUGCUCUUUUGCACUUAAAAUUGUUUCUAAGAUUCAUCUACGCUGUAAUAGCUAUGAUUCAUUCAUUUUCAUCUGUAUAAUACCACAGCAAGCACAUAGAACACAACUUAACCAUUCACCUACUGAAUAACAUUUGGGCUGUUUCCAAGUUUUUGUUAUUAUACACGAUGCUGCUAUGAACAUUCUUGUAUAUGAGUGCCUUUGUUUUUAGUAAGAUUUCUAAAGAGGUUUCUAAGAUGGUCCUAGACGGUCCUUUUGGUCUGUGUACCCUGUGUUGGGGACCGUUGCCUCUUGUCUUACUUUAUGGAAGAGUUUACAUCAUAUUGAAAUGAACUGUUCUUGAAUGUUUGAUAAAACUCACUUAUAAUGCCA